GAAAGAGAGACAGGGAGAAAAAUCAUGGAGUGAUAUGGCCCUUUGGGAGGAUACUGGCAAAUAAGCAAAUUAAACAGAAAGAGAGCAGCAUGUUGUCAUAGCAACAAUGCAAUUAAAUUACUUUACUGUCAGCCAUCAUAUAAUUUUCCUGUUUAGAAGCUCAUGGGACGUAACUUCCAUUUGGAGUCAAAGUUGAGCGUGCGGCGUAGGUAGGCAAUGCCGGAGCCCCAGGACGCCGGCGAUUCCCUUGUUUACCUUCUGGCUGCGCUGGCUGCAGUUUUGAAAGCUAGGAAGUGGGACCGACGAGUUGCUGUCUAAAUGGGUCCAGUCAUGCCUCCCAGUAAGAAGCCAGAGGGCUCAGGAAUUAGUGUUCCCAGUGGACUGAGCCAGCGUUACCAAGAUAGCGAUUUAUCAAAGGCACUUCACGAUGACGAGGACCUAGAUUUCUCUUUGCCUGCCAUCAGAUUAGAUAAAGGGGCCAUGGAAGAUGAAGAACUAACUAAUUUGAACUGGUUACACGAGAGUAAGAACUUGCUGAAAAGCUUUGGGGACUCGGUGUUAAGGAGUGUUAGCCCUGUUCAGGACAUUGGUGAUGACACGCCACCGUCUCCUGCCCACUCUGACAUGCCCUAUGAUGCCAAGCAGAACCCCAACUGCAAACCUCCUUAUUCCUUUAGCUGCCUCAUAUUUAUGGCCAUUGAGGACUCACCAACCAAAAGACUGCCCGUAAAGGAUAUAUACAACUGGAUCUUGGAACACUUUCCAUAUUUUGCAAACGCACCCACUGGAUGGAAAAAUUCUGUGAGACAUAAUCUAUCCUUGAAUAAGUGUUUUAAGAAAGUGGACAAAGACAGAAGUCAGAGUAUUGGAAAAGGGUCCUUGUGGUGUAUAGACCCAGAAUAUAGACAAAAUCUUAUUCAGGCUUUGAAAAAGACACCCUAUCACCCAUAUUCGCAUGUGUUCAAUACACCUCCCACAUCUCCUCAGGCAUAUCAAAGCACAUCAGGUCCACCCAUUUGGCCAGGAAGCACCUUUUUCAAGAGAAAUGGAGCCCUUCUACAAGAUCCUGACAUUGAUGCUGCCACUGCCAUGAUGCUUUUGAAUACUCCCCCUGAGAUACAAGCAGGUUUUCCUUCGGGAGUGAUACAAAAUGGAGCUCGAGUACUGAGUAGAGGAAUAUUUCCUGGAGCCAGGCCAUUGCCAAUCAACCCUAUAGGAAGCAUGGCUGUCGCAGUAAGAACUGGUUGGAAAUCUUUCAAAAUGAACGGAAUAACAAACUGCCGGAUGCGGACAGAAAGCGAACAGUCCUGCGGCUCUCCAGUUGUGAGCGGUGACCCAAAGGAGGAUCACAACUACAGCAGUGCCAAAUCUUCCAACCACAGGAGCACAUCACCUGCUAGUGACUCCGUUUCCUCUUCCUCUGCUGAUGACCAGUAUGAAUUUGCAACUAAAGGUAGCCAAGACAGCAGUGAAGGAAGUGAAGUUAGCUUCCAGAGCCACGAGAGCCAUAGUGAAACAGAAGAGGAGGACAAAAAGCAAAGUCGGAAGGAGACCAAGGAUUCUUUAGCUGACAGUGGGUAUGCAUCUCAGCACAAGAAAAGGCAACAUUUAAUGAAGGCGAAAAAAGUACCAAGUGACACACUGCCUCUUAAAAAGAGACGUACAGAAAAGCCCCCUGAGAGUGACGAUGAGGAGAUGAAAGAAGCAGCAGGAUCACUCCUGCAUUUAGCAGGAAUUCGGUCCUGUUUGAACAACAUCACGAAUCGGACGGCAAAGGGGCAGAAAGAGCAAAAGGAAACCACAAAAAAUUAGAACAAAUCAAUGAUUUGUUUGAACUUACAAAGUUUUGUUUCAGCACGUCAGGUGAAUUCUAAUGAUUUGUGGCAAUAUCAGCAAUUUUUUCCUUUUUUGUUUUUCUUCUAUUUGUUUUUGUUUUGUUUCUUUCUUUUUUUCUUUUUAUUUUUUGAACCCUUAAGAUUUUUAUUUUUAAAGGAGAUUGAAGCCAUAGAACUCAUACUGACACUCAGCUAAUUUACGAAAAGCUUUUCAUUACCUGAAGACAAAAAGUUAACAAAAAAAAAGCCAAAAUCGCCAUUGCUUUCUCCAGCUUGUCAAAAAUGCGUGGUUGAAUACGCAGUGACAUCAACAUUAAUGUGAUGGGAGUAAAAUUGGGUACUUGGAAAUCCCUCUUAUAGUAGAAGAGCUGUGCAUAAUUUAGUAUUCAUUCAGGCCUGGCCCUUAAGAAUUUUUUUAAUGGCCUUACAAUUGGGUUAGAAGUGAAUGUGAAUAAAGAGAUUUGUGGGAAAGAGGAGGCAUGUACUUCUCCGCCAAGAACCAUCUAGUGGCACUUGGAUACAUUGUGCCAUACAAGUCUUUGGACAGCCACUGGUGGCAACUGUGCAAGCUGUAAUGCACUUUCAGUGCUUCGUGUAUCCCAUGUGGCUCAUAAUGUGAAGACUGAUAACUAUAAGUUUGAGGAAAUUUGAACUAUGUAUGCAAUGGAUUUCAGUGAAAUAACAAGAAAUGGGAGGGGGGUCACUGUUAGUAGCAUCCUUAACCAUUGAAUUCUGUCUUCUAUAUUAAAUUGAAAGAAUGUUCAAAAAGCCAUAAGCCUGAAGAUUGGCACUGCGUGCAAAAAAUCAUAGUAAUAGGGAAAAACAAGCUAUGUCUUCUAAACUGCCUGAGUGAAAAGCAAUCAAGUCUAAGAAAUUACAGUAGAUACAAUGUACAUCAGAAUCUUUUUCUGUGGAUCACAUCCUUGAUCUAACUGGGGAAACAAAGCUACCAAACCUGCCAUUAGUAGUAUUCUGUAUUUAAAAAUAAAAGGAAAGCAUAUUGGUGAACAGUAAAAUUCAGAAGUUUAACAAAAGAGCUCCUACACUGCCCUCAGAAAUGAGUGUGCAGUGGCCGUCAGUCAGGAUUCAUCUGUGCAAAAAUGACAACAAAUUUCCAGAUUGAACCAGCGUAGCCAGCAGAAAAAAUUUGAUCCACAUUGCAUGGAUUCCUUAGGGAGGGGGGGAAAACAAAAAGCAAACAAUUUUUUUUAUUCAAAGAUGACAAAGUUCUUGUAAGGUAAAUAAUGUAUUUAGCAUGAAGCAUGAAUUAUUUUCAUAUAAAUAUAGAAAAUAGAGAAAAAGGCUAUGCCUCUAAUUUUUAAGCCCUUAGGCUUAGAGUUUGGUUUUUUGGGGUUUUAUUUUUGUUUUGUUUUGUUUUGUUUUUGUUUUUGUUUUGGUUCUUUUUUGUUGUUGUUGGGGUUUUUUUGAAGCAGGUGUUUAAGGUUUAACCUUCUUCAGGGACAAACACUGACUGUUGGGGAACUUACUCUGCAAUAUUAAAAAAUAAAAUCUUCAUGCUCUGGUAGGGCUUGGAUGGUUGAAUUAUACUGCCUUGUCUGCACAUUCAGCCCCCCUCUCCCUACUUCUCUUUAAAAAAAGAAAAAAAAAAGUAAAAAUGUGUCCUUUCUUCGUCUGUACAUGUGUAACAUGACGCAAUAAUCUGAGGGCAAAUUUAGUAGUGAGUGUGUAUGACAGAAUCAAGAGAAUAAUGGGAGGUUAAUUGAGGAAGACUCUCUGAUUUGAUUCAGGAAUAAGUAGACAAGAAAAUAGCUUUGCUAAUUUGCCAUGAAAAAAUGAAGUUAAUUAAGAGCCUUACGGAGGUGUCCGGAGAAAAACCAGUGUUACAGAGAGUGUGAUUCAGGUACAGUGCUACUCUCCUGGUAAUGAUGACUGUGAGACUGGAGAUCACUACAGCAGAGAGAAACUGUGAAAUAAUUAAAACAGUCUCUCUCACCUGGAUUCUUGCAUUUGGCAUGAAAAAUUCAACACUUAGAAUAUCCUAGAGGCAAAAAGAAAAUCCCAGGAACCAACCACUUAGUAGAACAGAAUGGUCGGUUUCUUAAAGAGUAUAGGUUUAGAUUUAUCCCUAACAACUGUUUCAGGCAGCAGUUUCACCAAGAUGGAUCUAGUUUAUGAAGAGUGAGUUAGAGAAGGGUUUGACUUCCCACUCCGUGCAGUGACUUAAAAGUUGCAUUUGGAGAUGCCUGUGGUGUGUUCAGUUAGGAAGUGGAAGGACUGAAGGGCUGGUCUGGACCUGGUCCUGUGCUCCACAAGCAUUUUCACAGUAAAGAACAGGGCCACGCUGGCAGCAGCACAGCAAAAGGGUGCCUCUAUUCCCAUCUCAGCCAGCGUGUCCUGGGAUCCAGAAGCUGCCUGACAGCUGCGUAGCUCAGCACAACUGCCAGCUAUGGAAAUAAAGAAGGAGAGAGCCACAGAUAGUGCAAAAAACAGCCUGUAUUCCUCUCAGUUUGCUGGGGCUGAUGCAUGCAGGGUUGAUUCCCUGCAUUAGUUAAGUCAGGAAUACAUAGAUACUAAGUUUUCUUGACUGCCUGCAGCCCUCGAGAUAAUAAUGGGGGAAACAGAAAAGGCCAGUCCCUUGACCAGGUAGCACAGAGAUGAAUGAGCCAUAGUUUUCCCUUGUCCGUUUGGACCUGGAUAAUCAGCUUCUUUCCAGAUCCAUGCUUGCUACAGCCAAAGUCCACACAACCCUGUGCAAGAAAACUUGGUCUUCAUCUUUUACAGACUUUGGGGAGAGUAAUUUGGAUAGAAAAUACUACAGUAUCACUUUGCCACCACCUUUGCUCAUUAAUGCAUAGUUGUACCAUCUCAGGAGUAGUUUAAUAUUUAUCAAAAAGCAGCACUGAAAAGUUAAAUCUAGUAGCAGAAGAUACACUUAAACCAUGGCUCAGCUAUCUCUGUCCUCCAGGGGAAGCAACGUGUUUGUGUGUCAGUGGCCAGAUUCUGUCCACAACACUAAUUCCAGGGCAACUUCUCUGAUUGCAGUGUGUCAGUGCAAAUGAGAUCAGUAUCUGUUGAACAACAAGUACCAUUCAUUAAUGUGGACUCUUGGUGGCUAAAUAUAUAAUUACCACUAGUAUUACUCAUCUUAGAAAACAGUCAUUUUGCAUAAAUAUCUAAUUAGGCAAGUUAUCUUUAUACAGAUAUAUAUACAUAUAUAUAUAUAUAUAAAACUUAUCUAAGACUUCAACAACUCCUCUAUAUAUUUGCUGGUAAACCUAAAAUGUUGGCAAGCAUCUAUUUUCACGUCAAAUUUGUUUCUCCUAGUCUGAUCUGCUAAGGACAUGUGCUUUGGUAGGAGUUUACAAAUUUAUGUUCAGGAACCAGCAGUUUGGCUGAGGGCUAAUGCCAUCAGCUGAUUAUUUCUGGUGUUUAAAAACAACUUGUCCUUAUUGAUGCUUACUCCGACUGUUGAUGAGAAGUACAUAAUUUGGAUUGUAUAAAAUAUUUAGGAGUCACCUUUUAAACCAUUUUUGUGCCUGGCUGACAGUGGCAACUUUUUCAGAACUGGUUCUACUCCAUCAGAGAAGUUCUCUUUUUCUUGUAAGAACUGAAACUGAUUUGUUUUCCAGGAAAUACAAUGUCAGCUUUUCAAUAGAGUUGUCUCUACCUUGACUGAAUGAUGUCAAAACAGAGUGGUAAUUGCACUGUAUUACAAACUCUCUCACUUGCCAGAUAUGAGGUAGUGUGGUUUUGCUUGUUUGCUUUCCUUACUAAGCCAUUUUGGAGUGAGAAGUUGUCAAAUCUCUAACUUUCCAUUCUUCUCACCCUAUCAGUAUUGCCAAAUUAGCAUUUCUCCAAGACAGGUGGGGUCUGGGGGAAUCCCAGGAGGUCAGCAAGCAUUCAGUGGCGAGUUUCACAUAGGCAUGAAUUGUAAGGGUUGCUGGACUUCAUGGCGGGUUCCUUUGGAAUAUGCCUUUUGCAGCAAGAAGCUCUUGCAGGCCAGAGCUAACGCCAUAAGCAGAUUUCACCGGCACCUGCACGGAGGUGAAAUCUGCUGGUCGUGCUUGCAUUCUGCAAGCAGUUGGAUGUCCUACUGCAUUUUGAUGCAGAUUCUGCUUGCAUUUAAAAAUUCAGGCACAGGUCUUGAACAGCUUAAAUGUAUCACCCUGUAGCUGUUUCUGAAAGCAGUCUGCUUCUGUUCUUCUCCUGGCAAAACUGGCAGUAGUUCUACCAAGAUCACAGGGUUUCACAGCUGAAAAGCCGAACAUGGAAGUGAGGAGGUAUGCUGUGUAGGACUAGAGAACUGUCCUGAGACUGUGUUCUCUUCUCAAUGGCAAUUCAGUUGAGGUUCAUAUUCUUGUUCUUCUCUUACAUUAAUGGGAGAAGGGAAUCCCGAAGGAAAUGCAUUGACUUCCAGUGUUCAACUGAGUUAACUGUCUACCUUUGGAAAAGAUACAGAAAAGAGCUGGAGGCUGCAUUCUUCACUGUAGUGAGGUAGAGUUACAUCAACAUACUUUAGCAGAGAAUGAAAUCCUAAAUUCUACACCAAAUAGCACCAAGGAUAAAAUUACCAAAACAACACUUUGUCCUGGUUUCUUGGUGGCAGUGAUUGAUUUUCACUGAGAUUUUGGCUCCCAAUCCAUCUAAAGAUGUAGAUAGAUCAUAGAGUUAUGGAAUCAUAGAAUAUGCUGAUUUGGAAGGGACCCAUCAGGAUUGAGGCCAACUCCUGGCCCUGCGCAGGACACCUCAAGAAUCACACCAUGUGCCUGAGAGUGCACAGUCUGAUGUUUUCUGGAACUUGAAGGUGUCUGAUCUCCUUUGCAGUCUGUGGAGCUACAGACACCCAAGUGCUCCUGGAAGCCUUUACCAUUUCACUGCUAUUACCAUUUUUCCUUGAAUCUGAUGCUAGGCAUUCUUGAAAACAUUACUCUCCUGUGCUCCAGGAUCAGAAUAAAACUAUUGAGAGAAUGCAUUUCCAAUGCAAUUUACUUCGCUUGAUGGAGAAUGCAAACCCAGCUCCUUUGGGCACAUCAUUCCUGCCUGAAUAGCUCAUUGGCAUAUUUUGUAGGAAAUAUUUUGAAACAUUUUCUUGACUUUGCCACCAAAAGAGCAUUUGAACCAUACAUCCUCCUGAUUGUAAUGGAAUAUCAGUGUUGACCGUCUGACCAGUUAAGUUUUAGUAGUGUUCUUCACAGCCCUCCAGUAAUAUAUCAAACACUGUUAUGCACAUAAUGCAGCACUGUGAUCUAAUUUAAAUAAUACUUUUUUAUUAUUUAUACUACUCUAUGUAAUAUACAUCAACACUUUGCUAUAUAACCUAAGUGAUAACCCUCUUCUUAGUUACCUGCCAAACUCUGAAUUUCUGUUUGGUUUGUAUUGCAAUUAGCACAGUUACCAAGUUGUAAUGAUGUCUCUUUUCCUUUGAAAUGGGAUGUGUAAGUCAAACUAUACAUUUUGUGUGUUUCUGUUUUGAGAUGCAGUUUAUAAGGAUUUACACACAACAUUCAAUGUUCUGUAUAAAUCUGCAUACAUUUGUGAAUUCAUCUGUUAAUCCCCUUUUAUUUAGAAAGUAUUAAUAGAUGGUGGUUUAUUAGGGUUUUUUAUUUUUGCAUUUGUUUUUUUUUUAGUACUGGUUAUUCUUGAAUUAAGCAGAGACUUGUCAGCUGGGUUGCUUUAUCUUUGAUCAUGUACAUGACCUUAUAAUUCUUCCACAGUUCAGCAAACAAGUACUAGUUUCACUGACCAAAAAAAAAAAGUGUCAACCUAAUGUGUCUAUGGUGCUGUAUUUUGCUGGUAUACAUUUAAAGCCAGAAAUUAUUUAAAGGUCACUUUCAAGUUCUUCUAAUAAGUAGCCUUUCCUAGUUUGGGGAGUUUGGGUUUUGUUUUAGCAUUGAAACAAGGUAUAUUUAUCUGAAGCUAUGAAAUGGUUUUUCUACUGUAUCACAUUUCCUUUUGCAAAGAGGGGAAUAUUGACCUGAUGUAACAUCCUUUCACAGUCAGUGGAAGGGGGUUUUGUUUCACAUUUUUAUUUUCAGUGGAUUUUGUUGAGCUUUGGAUCAGGCCAGCAGUUACAGGAGCUCAUCAUCUGAGGGUUUAAGGGAUAAAUGACAACUUGUGCUGGCCCUCAGUGCUAGAAGGGAUUUUAUCGAAUGCCAAAAUAACAUGCUGGAUGCUGGAAUGGCUGUUCAUCUAGAAAUGGGAAUCUUUUUCAUUUGUUUACUCUGGCCUGAAAUCCCAAGACUCUCUUUUUUGUUCGGAUGACAUUGAACUUGAGUACAUUUUUAAGUUACUAGAGCAUUGUACAUUUUCUGAGUAUGUGUGGGACAGCAAUUGAAAGUCAUACCUGUAUCUGAUAACCAGUUCCAUGCCUGCAUCAUUCACACUCACUACUUAAAACUGCCAUGAUGUAAAAUGUUGGGGGGAAUGAUUUGUGUGUGUAUGAAAAGCAUUAUGAACUUGUACAUUUUUUUAUACUCUGAUCUGUAAUUUCUGAAAUAUUUUGUUUUACAGAAAAAGUGAUAAAGCAAUCAAAAGACCAAGAGAUUUAGUAUCAAUGCUUAAGGGUCACAGGACCUUAACUGGCCAAUAAGUUAAUUUAGUACAGUGAUAAGCCAAUUUUUUUUCCUGUACUUGGCAUCUGAAACUGCCAAUUUCAACAAUAUUAAAAUACGAACUGUGAUGGGGAAUGAACAGUGAUGUUAAGUUGUAUUUGUGUUUACCUAAAUGAGCAGUCCGAAGGCAAGUGCAAUCAGCUGAUCUUUAGGAAAUAUGAAAUUGUUGAUUUAGAGGCAUACUUGCAUUUUACAUUUUCUUGAUGUGUAAUCAUAUUGCCAAAGACAAACUAUUUCAUCAAUUAUUAUUGUAAAUAACACUUUCCCAAAAUCUACCAUAAAGUUUCUGUGAUGUAUUGUCUUCCAGUUGCAAUAAAAAUUACUGAGUUGCAUCAAUUGAA